CUUCCCCUACUAGCUUGAGAGUCCUCAACUCCAUAACAAGAAAUACUAGAAUUUGAAAUAAGAAAUGACAGACAGACUAGAAAAGCGGCUUUAAAAGCGUGCGAGUUUGAGAAGAUUCCAGCAGAUUUAGGAGACAUUAUUUAAAACUAUUUCCCCCCCGCGGUAUUGUGUGGAUUGGAUGUUCCAGCGAGGACUUCAAUUUAGUUAUUGGCUGUGAUGAAGCGAUUCGAAGGAGAGCUUUAAGCCAGUGGCGCAAUCCGUAUGGUGGGCUUUGGGCCGGAGUUUGUUUAUUUGGUGGUUCUCUGGUUGUAAUGAAGAAUGGAGAGCCCCCAUUUACCUUCCGGUGACAAUGAUGAUAACAGUGCUUUGAAGAAGAAAAGACUUUUUGACCAUAAGCUGAGAAAUGCGUGCUGGAACAAGGCUGAUACCGUCCCGGGGCGCCACCCUGAGCGGUGGAGAAAAGAUAUUGCUGGUAAUACUGUCUGCAGGAAGUUCUUAAGCUGCCAAGGGUGCCUCUGUUAUGAGUAUGAUCACGUCCGUCCUUUUUCCAAAGGCGGAGAAACGGAUGUGAAGAACUGCCAGAUUUUGCAGUCCAGGGUGAAUCGGUUUAAAGGAAAUAAGGAGGAUCUUGGCAAAGAUGAUCUUGAACAAUUCUCGUGUCAUCUUAAGUUCACAGGUACACGGCUUUUUCCUGGAAUUAUAUUGAUUUGUGAAUGAGGUAGCAAUCUAAGCAUGCUUUAUCAGGCGAAGAAUCCAUGGUUAAGAGUGCUUGUUUUUGAAGGCGUAGUUAAGUUCCCUGAACUAUGAAUAGUACAGAAUGGGUUUGCUUCUGUAAACUUAAUUUUUUCCAGAAAUUGUGUAUCAAUCUAAGGGGACUUUGACUGUGAGGAAAAAACAAUAGUUACCCUAGAAUAGGAGUGGUACCAGAUUAGGCAUGCUUCUUUGAAGACAUUGUUGAUGGCAAUAGGGUAGAAAGAUAAGGAACUUGAUUGUGGGGAAAAGUUGAUAAUUGUUAGGAUCUUACCUUUAAAUACUAUUAUAAUUAA